GGACUUUGGGACCUACAAUUUGCGGAAGUAAACAAACAUUUAGUGCGCCAUCUAGUGCUUACUUACAUGUUAACUGGAAUUUCCUGACAGUGGUAAUUUAACAGUCAGGUGAAUUUAUUGAUUGUAGGCACUGAAUGCCUAAGUCAGACCUGUAGAUAUGAAUGAUGAUAAACCAUUUGUCUGCUCUGUGUCUGAUUGUGGCAUGCGAUUUACAAAUGAAGAUCACCUUAAUGUCCAUUCAAAGAAACAUGAAAUGUCAUUGGCCUUGAACUCUGGGGGACAGUCAAGUAACUCACCUGCUCAUCAUUUUUUAGAUCAGACUCCCACUCCUACAAAGUUUUUAAAAACCUGUGAGGAAAUUGGACUAUUUCAAGAGCUUUCCUCUAACCCAUUUGAUCAUGCCUACAAAAAAGCACUGGACAGUGAUCCUCCUUUACCUGGUCCACCCACUGGGGAACUGAACACCCCCACACUUAUACUGACAGACACGCCUAAACACCUGGCGGGAGCCACAGCUCACCUUGGCCAGGUGAAAGCUAACGAACCACCCAAGCCCAGCCCAUUGGCUAAAACCUCUGCUAGCAAGAUUGUCCUGGACCUGUCUGGGAAAAGUGUGAUGACAGCCCAGCCAGCUGCCAACAAAAUGGCUGCCAAGAGGAAUUUAACCGCCCAGGAUGCUGACAGCACAAGUGAUGUCUCACCUGUGCAUGAACAGGUCAUGGCUUUAGAGACCUCACCUCAAAUUGCUCAUUCUGUUAGCAGCCAUAAUCCCGUGACUUCAUCCAGCCUCACAGCCUUCCAGCAAGAGGUCAAAAAGGAGAUGGACGAAGGGGACAUAAAUCUGACAGACAAUCAACAGUGUACCAUGCAAGUUCUGCUGCAGCUUCCCACUGGGGAGACAGUCCCCAUCAGUAUCCCAGCCACCAUCAACAAACUUCCAUACUUCAACUCGCAACAAGUGCAGCUAUCGCAGGCUCUACCUCAGCAAAUCCAACCAGCCCCUGCUAAAUCCACAGCUCCAAUGUUAGCCUCUAGUCAGACAACCACAAUGGCUUUAAAACAGAGGUUAAAAGCACAGCUUCAAAGCCAGCUGAGCCCCACAGCCAAAAGUUCUGAAGUCAGCCUCCCUACAUCCAAUUCCACAGCCUACAUUUCCAACGCUGCCACCUCUAUAUCAGGACAAGCCAUGGUGGGGGACACCUCCCCCAUCAUGAUGGUGGACUCGCCUGGAUCUGAGAUGAACUUCUCUGAUUCAUCUGAUUACUCUAUAGACAGCAAACGCCAGAAGAUGAGCCCUGAGAGUGGGGACCCUGAGGAAAGAAGGAGGAAGUUUUUGGAAAGAAAUAGAGCGGCAGCAGCCAGAUGCAGACAGAAGAGGAAACACUGGAUCAGCAACUUGGAGAAAAAAGCUGAUGAGCUGCAAAACACUAACUUCAGGUUGCAGACUGAGGUGAAGCUACUGCGAGGCGAGGUGGCGCAGCUGAAAACUUUAUUGUUGGCUCACAAAGACUGUCCUGUCACACAGCAGCAGAGGUCACAGGGACAGUUGCAGCAUAUAGUCCUGACGGAGGCCGUGUCCCAGGAUCUAGCCCAAGUCGUACCCACGUCAGACAGAACCUCCCAGCCACUGCAGACCAUUGUCAAAUAUUUACAGGAAGCUGCGCUCACACAAGAACAUCAAGUACAUGAAUGAGUGUUAACUCUUAGUUUUUUUCAGUUGUUGAGGGAUGAUUACUUAUGUGAUGUUUUAAAAAGAAGUUAUUUCCCUUUUGUCGACAUUUGCAUUAUUUCCCUUGAGCUGUCAGCCUGUUGCAAUUGAAAAUGAUAAUGAUAACUUGAAUCCAGAAAAACAAUUAGCUUUGUGAGCCCCUUUUACAAAAGUAUUUGCUAUGUUUAAAAUAGCAAGAAUUGUUUUAGUGAGCAUUUUACACUCAUUCUAAAAACUAUUUGGAAGGCAACAUUUUUUCAAUUUAUAGCUUAUUGUUCAGUGUAAUUUUUUUUUCCUCAAUCUUCUUCAAAGUGUCAGUGUGGCCUAGGGUUAUGAAAUGUAUUGGUUUCAGGACAGUUCGAGAUGUGUGGGGUUAAACGAUAUAGGGUAGAUGUGGCAGGUUUAACACAAGUGGCUAGAUGUGGCAGGUUUAACACCAGUGGCUAGAUGUGGCAGGUUUAACACAAGUGGCUAGAUGUGGCAGGUUUAACAAGUGGCUAGAUGCGGCAGCAGUGGCUAGAUGUGGCAGGUUUAACAACAGUGAUUAGAUGUGGCAGGUUUAACAACAGUGGCUAGAUGUGGCAGGUUUAACAACAGUGGCUAGAUGUGACAGGUUUAACAGCAGUGGCUAGAUGUGGCAGGUUUAACAGCAGUGGCUAGAUGUUGUGGUUAUAGGACAUUUCUGUAUAUACAUAGAGGGUUUUAAGGUAGUUUUAGAUAUAGUGGGUUUCAGGAUAUUUCCAUUUAUAAAGUGGGUUUCUGGAUAGUUUUAGAUAUAGUGGGUUUCAGGAUAUUUCCAUUUAUAAAGUGGGUUUCAGGACAGUUUUAGAUAUAGUGGGUUUUAGGACAAUUCUGCAUAUACAUAGAGGGUUUUACGGUAGAUGUGUGAGUUUCAGGAUAUCUCUAUUUAUAAAGUGGGUUUCAGGGCAGUUUUAGAUAUAGUGGGUUUCAGGACAGUUCUAUAUAUAUUUGGUUCCAGAGCUCUGUCUAGAUGUAAGGCACAUUGCUGUUAGUUGAAAGGUGCCAAAAUAAAUAUUGAUCACAUACUUCAUGCACUAAAAGCCCAUGUUUACAGUAGAACAAGAUUAGACUAAUGUAAGUACUCAUCAUUAUUUGUCUAUGUUUUGAACCCACACCUUAAACGUGCAGUGUAAACCUAGGCCCCAUUGCACUAUACUUUUUCUUUUUUUUUUGCUAGUAUCUUGCUACUGUGUUUCCAAUUGCUACAAGCCAGCUUUGAUACAGUGUAAUUGAGUUUAGUUUUGUUAAGCACAUGAAGAAAUGUUUAGAUAUUCAAUGGAGAUGUGUUUUAGAGCUUGUUAUUGUAUAAAGUGACAGCUGAUUACCCCCACUGAAGCGGUAUACUUGAUAAUUUUGUUGUGUGAAGCACUUGGUAACAUUGUUAAGUAGAGCUUGUUACUGUAUAAAUUGAGCGCUGAUCACCCUACUGAAUCAGUAUACUUGAUAUUUUUAUUGUGUGAAGCACUUGGUAACACUGUUUAUUAGAGCUUGUUACUGUAUAAAUUGAGCGCUGAUCACCCAUACUGAAUCAGUAUACUUGAUAUUUUUGUUGUGUGAAGCACUUGGUAACACUGUUUAUUAGAGCUUGUUACUGUAUAAAUUGAGCGCUGAUCACCCGUACUGAAUCAGUAUACUUGAUAUUUUUGUUGUGUGAAGCACUUGGUAACACUGUUUAUUAGAGCUUGUUACUGUAUAAAUUGAGCGCUGAUCGCCCGUACUGAAUCAGUAUACUUGAUAUUUUUAUUGUGUGAAGCACUUGGUAACAUUGUUUAGUAGAGCUUGUUACUGUAUAAAUUGAGCGCUGAUCGCCCGUACUGAAUCAGUAUACUUGAUAUUUUUAUUGUGUGAAGCACUUGGUAACAUUGUUUAGUAGAGCUUGUUACUGUAUAAAUUGAGCGCUGAUCGCCCGUACUGAAUCAGUAUACUUGAUAUUUUUGUUGUGUGAAGCACUUGGUAACAUUGUUUAGUAGAGCUUGUUACUGUAUAAAUUGAGCGCUGAUCGCCCGUACUGAAUCAGUAUACUUGAUAUUUUUGUUGUGUGAAGCACUUGGUAACACUGUUUAUUAGAGCUUGUUACUGUAUAAAUUGAGCGCUGAUCGCCCGUACUGAAUCAGUAUACUUGAUAUUUUUAUUGUGUGAAGCACUUGGUAACACUGUUUAUUAGAGCUUGUUACUGUAUAAAUUGAGCGCUGAUCGCCCGUACUGAAUCAGUAUACUUGAUAUUUUUAUUGUGUGAAGCACUUGGUAACACUGUUUAUUAGAGCUUGUUACUGUAUAAAUUGAGCGCUGAUCACCCUUACUGAAUCAGUAUACUUGAUAUUUUUGUUGUGUGAAGCACUUGGUAACAAUGUUUAUUAGAGCUUGUUACUGUAUAAAUUGAGCGCUGAUCGCCCGUACUGAAUCAGUAUACUUGAUAUUUUUAUUGUGUGAAGCACUUGGUAACACUGUUUAUUAGAGCUUGUUACUGUAUAAAUUGAGCGCUGAGUACUGAAUCAGUAUACUUGAUAUUUUUAUUGUGUGAAGCACUUGCUGACAUUGGUCAGUAUGUGAUGGAGAUAUGUUUUCACUUGCAUAAAAUGUAUGGCAGUUCCACGUACUGUAUCACUAGAAUGUAAGCUAACCUGUAAGGUUUGUGGUUAGGUUUAAUCAUCUUGUGAUCUUAUUAUAUUGAUGCUUAAAUGUUUUUUUUUCCAACUUAAAACACUUGAAAUUAUGUAGAUUAAAUUGUAGUGAACAGUGGGACCAAAAAUCAGUACUAGUAUAGGACUUUAUUUUUGCAUGAAUGUCAAGCGAAACUCAUUCUUUUUGGGCAGGUUUAAGUUCAUGUCAUCCAUCAAACGAGAAUUUUUUUACUCUGAGAAUUUGGUUGUUUAUUUUUGUUGUUAAUCUUUGCUGUGAUUUUUUUGAUUUGGACAAAUUAUUUUGUGUAAAAUGAUUGGUGUUUUUCAAGUUUUGAAUGAAUGGAUAUUUCUUGUGUUUGAGAACAAUUCUUAUUGUAGUGACUGCUUGACAAAUUACAAAUCUAGAGAGAUGGCCUUUGACUGUUUGUUUGAAUGGAUAUUUCUUGUUGUGUUUGAAAACAAUUCUGCUUAUUGCAGUGACUGCUUGACAAAUUACAAAUCUAGAGUGCUGGCCCUUGACUUUCUGUUUGUAUGGAUAUUUCUUGUUGUGUUUGAAAACAAUUCUGCUUAUUGCAGUGACUGCUUGACCAAUUACAAAUCUAGAGUGCUGGCCUUUGACUGUUUGUUUGUAUGGAUAUUUCUUGUUGUGUUUGAAAACAAUUCUGCUUAUUGCAGUGACUGCUUGACCAAUUACAAAUCUAGAGAGAUGACCUUUGACUGUUUGUUUGUACCUGUUAGAAAUGAGAACCUUUCCAUAAGAAAUAAGACAAAAUAUUCCUAGAAUACAUGAACACAUCUAAACUUUUUAAAUUUCUACAGGUGAAAAAACUAAAUAUGACUUUAAGUGUGGCUCCCCCUUGUAUAUUAUUAGAUGACAUAUUUUUAUUAAGUAUCUCUAGUACUAGCAGUUUUCCUGUUAGAAUUAACAUCAGUAUACACCCUGAUUACCCUUAUACUAACAACAUCAGUAUACACCACUAUUACCCUUAUACUAACAACAUCAAUAUACACCCGUUACCCCUAUACAACCAACAUCAGUAUACACCCUAGUUACCCCUAUACAACCCACAUCAGUAUACACCCUAGUUACCCCUAUACAACCCACAUCAGUAUACACCCUGAUUACCCUUAUACUAACAUCAGUGUACAACCUAGUUACCCCAUACAACCAACAUCAGUAUACACCCUAGUUACCCCUAUACAACCCACAUCAGUAUACACCCUAGUUACCCCUAUACAACCCACAUCAGUAUACACCCUGAUUACCCUUAUACUAACAUCAGUGUACAACCUAGUUACCCCAUACAACAAACAUCAGUAUACACCCUAGUUACCCCUAUACAAUCAACAUCAGUAUACACCCUAGUUACCUCUAUACUAACUAUCCUAAGAUCUCCGACAACUGUGUUGAUAUGUAUAUUUCUCUGUAUCAAUACAUUUUAUCACCAAUUACAUAUCUGUUUCAUCAAGCAGUGUACAAGAAUCUGUGUGUUGAUGUUGUUGUGCCAUGUGUUUGAUGUGUAGAAUUAAUGUCUGGGUCGCAUCCUGUCAAUUGGUUGUUGUACAUGCUGGCUUGAAACUAGUAUGAGUACAAUUUUGAUUCCAAAUAGCACUCAACAUAUUCAACUUUAAAAAAUCAGAAAUAAUUUUCUUAACAUGUUUCCCAUGUGUUUGAAUGAAAAUGUAUUUUCGUUUCUGUAUUUUAUAAAGCAAUGUACUCCUAAUUAUUUGAAACUGUUACAGUAAUGUAAAAAAAUGCAAAUUAAUUUUGGUUUAAAGCCUUAAAUUUGAUGUAAAUAAUUGUGUUUGUGUAGUAGUGUACAUAGAGUGAACCUGUAUGGUUCGUGCCAUGGAACGCUGUGGUUUCAUUGAUGCCUGUGUUGUGUACAUACAUGUCCAUGAUGUAUUUCUAAAUAGAUCUAUCUCUUCGCUAAACUUUGCGUUCUGUUUUCUGUCUGACUUUGUGUUGUUUUAGUGUUAA